CAGCCUCAACAAGCAGCAGCUAUUUUGCAAACUUUCAUCUCUCUUUGUCUGCGCAGCCAGCAAGCAAGCAGCAGCUUCCAUCUCUCUUGGCCGGUUCACUACCGGUUUUCAUGAUCUCCGGUUAUUUACACGAACCGAACCGUCCUAGCCACCGGGUCCCGGUUGAACCGGUCGGACCGAAGACAAAUGUCCUGUUGCAGCAGUUUCAGGUUAUUCAGAAUCCAGAACCUUCGUCUCUCUCAACUUCUCACUCCACCAAAAACCCCACUCACAACCCUUUCUUCUUCAUCUUCAUUGAUCACACUGAGAGCUAGAGCAACAUCACUCACCGCGAAAGCUUCGUUAUCAUCAUCAGCGUCGACGGAAAUGGUGAAAGCUAUCAGAGUUCAUGAACUCGGUGGCCCCCAGGUUCUGAAAUGGGAGGAUGUGGAAAUCGGAGAACCCAAAGAAGGUGAAGUGCGUGUGAAGAACAAAGCAAUCGGGGUCAAUUUCAUUGAUGUUUACUUUCGGAAAGGGGUUUACAAAGCCUCAUCAACACCCUUCACUCCAGGUAUGGAGGCUGUUGGAGUUGUGACUGCUGUGGGUGGAGGACCCACGGGUGUGCAGGUUGGGGAUCUUGUUGGUUAUGCUGGUCAACCAAUGGGUUCCUAUGCUGAGGAGCAGAUUCUUCCUGCUGCUAAAGUUGUUCGUAUUCCUUCCUCAGUUGACCCAACUAUUGCUGCAUCGGUGAUGCUCAAGGGCAUGACUGCUCAAUUUCUGCUUCGCCGUUGUUUCAAGGUUGAACGUGGUCACACAAUUCUUGUCCAUGCAGCUGCUGGUGGAGUUGGAUCCCUAUUGUGCCAGUGGGCAAAUGCUCUGGGUGCAACUGUUAUAGGAACUGUAUCCAAUGAGGAGAAGGCAGCUCAAGCCAAGGAGGAUGGCUGUCAUCAUGUUAUAAUCUACAAAGAAGAGGAUUUCGUUGCUCGCGUCAAUGAAAUUACAUCAGGCAAUGGAGUUGAAGUGGUCUAUGAUUCUGUGGGAAAAGAUACCUUUGAGGGAUCCUUAGCAUGCUUGAAGCAACGAGGCUACAUGGUGAGUUUUGGGCAAUCAUCUGGUUCACCUGAUCCAGUCCCAUUAUCCUCCCUUGCUGCAAAAUCCCUGUUCCUGACAAGGCCCAGCCUAAUGCAAUAUGUUGUCACUCGGGAUGAGCUAUUGGAGGCUGCAGGAGAGUUGUUUGCUGCUGUUGCAUCUGGUGUCUUGAAGGUGAGGGUCAAUCAUACUUACCCAUUGUCUGAGGCUGCAAAAGCACAUGAAGACCUGGAGAAUAGGAAGACCUCAGGAUCUGUUGUGUUGAUACCCUAAGGCUGUAAGUUAUAUGUAGUUAUUAAACACAAGGUCCUUGUUUGAUACUCUCUUGAAAGGUGUUAUUCACCAUAGUCGUUGUACUCAAAUAUAAUACUUUUUCUGUUAUCUUGAUAAUGACAUUCAAUAAUGAAGUUCAAACAAUACA